AUGGCGUCGUCGUCUUCUCCUAGGGCAAGACCGGAUAAUUCAGCGCUUUGCAGGACUCGCAGCUCAUCGCAGUCGUUGUCUUCGGGAUUCGCGUCGUCCAGGCCCUUCCUCACUCGCUCCUCCUCCCCCACUCGCGUCAGCAUGUACGGAAGCUCCAUCUCUCCGGGGCGACGUUCGAUGUCGGUGACGAAGCAGUCCAACGGCGCCCCCGGAAACGUCAACGAUAACGGUAACGGUAACGGCGUGGUUUCCAAGCCGAAGAAGACAUGCAUGUGUGCCCCUACGACGCACCCAGGCUCGUUCCGGUGUUCUCUCCACAAGAACUCUCCGCGUGGAGGUGCCCAGAAAACGCCGUCGUUUAGUUCCAACAGCCGCAGGCAGUACUUGAUGAGAUCAGCGAUGGCUAACUCGCUGAUCAGGAACAGAGUAGUUGAAGGCGAGUUGAUGAAAAGAUCGUUGUCGGCUCUGAUCAGGCCUUCGUCAAACCAGCAGCGGAGCCGAGAGACAUUUCAGCCGAUGCCAAGCAGACUCUCCGUGAUGUCCAGAGCCCAAGAUUCUUGA